GGCAUUUCUUUUCUUAUCCAUCAAGGGGACUUUUGUGUCUCUUCUUUCUGCCUUAAUGGCUGUCUGUGUUAUGAUAAUUCGCAGUGCCUUUUCACUUCCCAUAAUUAUUUGUAACCAUAGAUUCAAUUUACUUUCAUUCUAUCUUUCAACCUUAUCCUUGUAAUCCUAUUUCCUUUUUUUCCUUCAUAUUUCCUCCUGUUUGUUUCCAGCAAUUCAUAAGCUUCCUUGGAGCACAAAUUUACCAUCUUCACCCAGUCUCAACCUCGACCAAACAUGGAGCCUACUAUCCAAAUUCUUGCGUAAGACACUCUCAAAAAGCUCCAGAAUGUUCUGCGACGACGUAAGGAUAAUGAUAAAAAACUUAAAGAGAGAGAGAAGAAGCUUAGCAGAGAGUUUUAUUGACUUUUCCGGGUUGAUCUAAACAAUACACAGUUUUUGCAGCCAAUUGGUGCCGAAAAUACGAAAACUGGCAUUUAUUACAUCAGACGGAUAUUUAUCAGAUACUGCGAUCAUAUUGGUAUCGGUCAUUGAUGAACAGCUAUUUUUAAGCAGAAUUGCGAUCAAGGUACAAUAAUGCUAUUCCUCCAUUGGGUCUGCAAGACCUCUCUGGCGAAGAAGCGAAAGAAGGGGAAGAGAAAGUCUGUCAAUCAAUACUGGCGGGACUUCAAGAUGCUCUAUCAUCGGGUUAAUGACACAUUUUUUGAUACAAAUGAUUCGAAUGAGGCCAUUUUAAGUAUAGUGAUUAAUGGCACGCUAGAAGAUAAUUUCGGAUUAGAUAUUACUGCAAAAGCCAAGCCAGCGACCGGACCAGAUGAUUUACUUCUGUUGUUUGUCCAGCAUUGGGCUCGCGAUAAAUCUAUUUUGCCUACAAAGGACGAUCGACAUGAUAUAGUUACUAUAAUGCUGUUUCAAUCCUACACUGGCGGUCGACCUGCAGAGUUCGUUCAUUAAUCAAAGGGCAAAGCUAGCGAAGAUCCUUUUGGAAAGGCAGAGACCGAUAAAUAUGUGCGAUCUCGAGAGUCAACAUCUCACGAUUGGAACGAUAAGAGCGACAUCGAGGAUGCCGAUGAUUCUGAGUACGAUAAGCUUGACAACGAUAGAGACUGCAGAGAACCUGAUAGUAGUUACGGCACUCAUAGGGCAGAUAUUGCCAUAGCAGAUGACACAAGCGAAUGUCGUAUCAUUAAGAUUAGUGGAUCUGGGGAAUCGGUUCCGUAGACUUGUAUUGACGUAAAAUACAAUGAAUUUGGCGAGUCAAUACGACAGUACAAAGCACUCUGCUAUAAGGACAUCUGUCUCUGGAUAUUGCAGAAUCUCAGGUCUAUGGGAAGACACCUUGCUAUGGAAGUUCACUUACGGCAUCAUAAAAGUGUCGAUAAUAAGCCCAAACUCACGACCUUCUUAUUCUGGAAAAAUUCUCUACCGAUUCUUUGUCCGAUCUCUCACAUCCUGACACGCGCAAUCCGUGGUUAUGCAAUUCUCGUCUAUGGCUAUACAUCUGCCGAACCCUUCUUCACAACGGACCUUGGAAGUCAGGGUAUGAAAGCUAUGAAGGUACAUUGGAAACUAGAAUGGCUCAAAGGGCCAAUCUUCCGAAGGUCUGUUUGUUCCACUAAUGGCUGGGUGAAGUCAAAACAGAACCAAUGUCCUAUUCGACUUAUGCCUUUUAUAUUGACCGUCUAGGGAAGGAUGCUGGCUUUGAAGACAAGUUGAAAGCUAUUUCUUUCGCCGAGGUACUGCAAAUGCAGUUGAUGGUACGCAUUUUAUUGAUAUCUCUAUCUAAUUCUCUAGGAUAUAAGUAACUCAACUUCAAAGAAAGGAUGGAAAGAAGAUUUUUCUUGUUUUGUUUUCAGAUACUGGUGUUCUCAAAAGUGUAGACUUCAGACUUGUACAUUGUCAUAGGUUACGGAUAGUGAAAUCACCUCCUAACACCCCCGUAUCUUCCUUUAUUGGUGAUGUAAACCCCCACCACCAUCUUGUAUGGAUAUGACGUACCAAUUAAGAUCGGUACCUAUAAUGAAACUGUUCUCUGUCUGGGUAGCUUGGCUGAGCCCCAAGUUACUCUCAACUCUUGGGAUGCAGUGGUUCCGCAAAAACCACGUUGUUAUAGAACUCAACUUUCAAAACUUGAGGAAGGGCCCUCUCAAUCCGAAGUUUCAGAACCCAUCACAGACUCAUCGCAAGGUUGCUGUUACUCUAUUCUAAAUUCAUCUCGAUCCAUUGCUCUUAUGGCUCCCGUUAUAUAUGAAGAACAAUGCUAUAAAAAGAUGAAAAAGAAGUUUAAACAAACUCUAUCCCUCCACUCAAUGAUAACCUAUGUUCUCGAAGAAAAAGAGACAACCCCGUCUAACGAUGCCGCUAUCUGAGCACAAUCUGCAUCAGCCACUGAUACAAACGUUGGAACAGUAAAUGG